GUCUCUCUUCCUUUUUACUUUUCGUGCACUCAUCUUCCUCGCCGUGAGCUGUAGCUCGGAGGGGAAAAAAGGAGCUUGGCUGUGGUCAGCCUCCAGCAGUCAGGUGGCUUCUGCUGAAUGGAACAUCACACAGUAAAUCCAUUCUUUAAUGCUGGAGGGACAGGAAGUAAUUCAAGAAGCGCCUGCUCCUAUUUUGAAUGGGUGUGUGCGUUGUGGAGCAUAAUACCGUAACAACUCGUGACUUGCGGCGAGCGUUAGAUCACAAACGGCGACGUUGAAGGGCGCACGCACACACAUAUAAGUAAGGCUACGUGUCCGGACACACACUUACUCUGUUGCAAGUUAUCCCGUUUCCAUGAAAGGAAUUCUAUUUGGAGCACAGCCCUAAGCAGACUGGAGGACUGGAAAAUAUUUUACCAUAUAUACUGGAAAUAAGGUGUGGCAGUGACCUUAUAUCAGCCUGAGUCAAUACACACUUGACCUUCUUUAUAUAUGUUACACCAUCCGCCACGGAAAUAGUCGAGGUUUACUCUAAAAACGCACAAGACGAACGUCAAUUAUCAUUUGUUUGUUAUAUGUGUGCGUUAGUAAUUUGUUAACCGGCAGUGUCGUCACAAAGAACGAGUUCUGAAGUUGCCUAUUCAGAGAUUGUCAGAGCAUCGAUAUAACUAUAAAGACAGCCAUAAUCAUUUGUAAUACAGUUGCAGAUUUUGCAGCCUUGACGGGGCUUUUAAGGUUGCGCACAUGAUGCAGACUGCACAUGACAAGUGGGAAUUAAUUGAUAGCACGAUCGCAGUGGGUGGUGUUUCAGCCGGGGAAACCAGUGUAAAAUAUCACUACCAUAAUAUGUUGCUAAAAAAAAAUAAAAUGGACCGUAACUCCUGAACUCAGCUCUGCGUUUUUUUUUUUAUAGCUUGCCGGUAGUGUGAUUAUAUGAGUCCAUGUUUAAUGGGUACAACUUUUGCAAAGGACUAAAAAGAGUAGCGCAGUGCUCUAUAUCAGCCCAUGUAGGACACACCUACCUACUUCCAAUCAAUCCACCAAUCAUCCCCGUCCGCGGCAUCCGAGUCACCGCAUUUUGCAGAGAAGAGCGAGAAGCGGACGCAUUCUGUUAAGGGAGGGAGCUGACCUGCUUGGUGCGCAGUGACAGAGGAAUAAAACAGCCAGAGCACACAGAUAAAGUUUUGUAGGACGAGAAUUUCUCAGUGGUGUUGUCUUUUUCACUGAACGUCAUCCUGCUCCGUGGGUUCAAGUUGCACACAGGAGUAGGCUACAAGUUUCCAAUGGACAGAUACUUGGAGACGCCUGGCGCAAAAAGCAUGGCAUUAUUUCUGUAAUGUGGAUUGCUACUCCCUUACAAGAAGAUACAGGUCUGCUGCGGAACAAUGUGACACGCUGUGCGUCUUGGAUUCUGGUGUUUCUGGAUAUCUUGAAAAUCAUUGGAAACAGCUGAGAAGAAAGAAGUUCAACGCAAGGGAUUGUAUGCUCCGACCACGGGACCAACAUGGAUUUGCCAUUACAACCCCCUGCCCCUUAUUUAGAGAACUUUUAGCCGGUCUAUUUGUGUUUUAUUUGUUGUAAACUUGAUGGUUGAGAACCAGUCGCCACAUUGGCCUCUUGGAUUUUAAAACGUUGCCUGCCUUUAGAUUGGAUUCCCAACACCAUGAACUUUAUUGACAGUUUGGCACUAUUAUUUUUGACGCUGUCAGCUGUCAAGACUGCCCACAUACCGAAGGAAACAGAAAGAGGUCCACAUGACGUGAUCCCUUUAAUGGAGGUGUACAACAAGAGCUUGUGCCAGCCUCGGGAAGUGCUGGUGGAGAUUCUGCAAGAGUAUCCGGAUGAAGUGGAACAUAUCUUCAUCCCGUCCUGCGUGGUAUUGACACGCUGCGCUGGUUGCUGCAAUGAUGAGAUGCUGGAGUGCACGCCAACAUCCACCUAUAAUGUUACAAUGGAGAUUAAAAGAAUAAAACUCCAAAGGCAGCAAAAUAAUAUUUUCCUGAGUUUUAGAGAACACAGCGCAUGUGAGUGUAGGUUAAAGAAAGAAGUGAAGGAACAGAAAGAAAAUGUUUGUGAGCCAUGUUGUGAUCACUGCUCAGACAGGAGAAAGCGUUUGUUCCUGCAGGAUCCUGUAACCUGCCGGUGCUUCUGCAAACACACAGACGAAUACUGUAAAGAACGCCAACUAGAGCUAAACGAGAGGACUUGCAGAUGUGACAGGCCAAGAAGAUGAGAAAGGUGGGAGCACCAGAUGUACAAGAUGAAGGAAUAUUCUUGCGAUAUUUCACAGCAAAGCACUUUGACCUUUGAACCGUAAACUCUUCUUUUCUGUGGAAAGCAUUCCCCUUGGACUGACAAAGAGAAUCAAAAGAAAGACUGAACCGAAGUUUCCUCCCACUGUAUAUCUGUGUGUGUAUAUAGACAAUGAUUUAAAAAAAAAACUAAAUUGUUAUGCUGCUACAGAAACAAAUAACUCAAUCCAUCUGACAAAAAAGCAAAUAGCUGCCAUGUGGUUUUGCAUUUCUAACAGGCUUGCACUGCAGGUGUAGGCUUGACAUAUAUGCAAUUACUUCACUGGAGUCUACUAUGAGUCUACUGUGGUUGUGUGUAAAUCUUAAAUUGCAACAACUUUCAAGCUAUGAUAUAUUUAUCUGUUAAAACAACAAGAGAGGCUGAAGAGGACUUGGGAAAGCUCUCCUUUCAAAAAUGGCGGAUGGAUUUUUGUCGGUUGACGUCUACUUUCGGAAUAAAACAGAAGGAUAAGUGAAACCAUUGAUGGGAAAUCUUGAAUCUGCCUCUUCACGAUAUUGUGUCUUUUGCUCCGAGGACAUUGCAGGACUGACGUGGACACACAAUAUUUUCACCAUUGUGGUCAGCUUCCAGGAGCAGAGACCCUGGAGUGCCAUAUGUUUUUAAAGGGAUACUGGUCAUCAAUAAUAGCAUUUAACAUUUUGCUAUGGCAUGUCCUACAUGAAAACCACUGAAAACAUCCUAUACUGUAGUUUGAUUCCAUUUUAAAAAAACAUGUGCCUCACAAAAUGUACUGAGAAAUCGUUCGAGUGCUUUUUAAAUUAUUUUCCUUUUUCAAGAGGAGGUAUUGUCAGUUUAGUUGCUUAAUGCAGAAUCCACUGAUUACAUAUCUUCUACUCUGAACUUGUGCAUACUCAAUAUCUCUUUAGGCCGUAGUCCAUUUUAGAUAAUUUAUAAUAUAGAGUAUUUUUCAGUAUUCAGUCUUCUCCCCAUAUUUAAUUUGGUCUAUUUAUAUGUGCAGUGUUAUGUACCUUUGGCUCACCCCAUGUGUAAGUUGCUGAUGGCUGCUUUCAGCAGUUGUGCUUUUUUACAAAACAACAACAGAAAAACUAACAAAAAAAAUCUAUAAUGAUUUGUUAACAUUCCCUAAAUGUUUCAUUUGUAUUGAUGUACUCAUGACAUCUCUGGAUUUGAUCAACCCCUCUUAUCACAAGUGCUGUGUGUGUGGCGGUGCUGUGCAGAAUUUUAACUUGUGUUUGUGUACGUGUGUGUAUGAAUGUGCAUAGGUGUUAUUCUGUUGUAUUUAAGUAUUUAAGUAUUUAAGUACCUAGCGGACCUGUUUUUUGUCCGUCCUGCAAGAUGCAAAUACAAAUAAACUACUGCUAGCAGCUCAGCAUACAAUACCGCAAAACCACCAGUUUUAACAAUCUGCCAUCAGUCUUAGAGCCCUGAUUAUUAUUAGUUCUUUGUCUUCACUAUUAACGUGUUCUGUGUCAAUGUAAACAGUAAAGCAUAUUUAUUUUCAAAUGAUAUUGUUUUUAUAUAAAAUAAGGAAAAGGUUGCCGUGUGGUGAAUGCUGUGUUUUCAAGAGCUUUAAUUAGGCGUCAUCGCCGUUCCCUGUUUUUGGGCGACAAAUGGAUACUCGCACAUUUCAUUCAGAUCGCUGCUGAUUGUAAACAAAAACAGAACAGAGAAAACAAAUUCCUGCACGUUUUUCACAACAGACAGACACAUAUUUAUCCUUAUGAAUAAAAUGGCACUUUGAAGCAGUGUGCAGUAAUCUCAUCUGUCUAAACUAUAGAAAGCCACUUAGGAACACUGGAGGAGGGAACUUUUAUUUUCUGAUAAUAGUUGAGACCAAUAACAAAAAAGUCCAUAAGAAAACGGGUUUCAGUUACCAAAGGGUUAUAAAACGGUAGUAAAAAGGAUCCAUGAAGGGAAAGGGGUAAUAUGUGCACAGCUUGAAGCAGAGUGGUUAGGUCGGUCUGGGAAAGUUUUGGUCAUGCAUUAAAACAAAUUUUCAAACUUUCUUUGUGAGAUUCAAAACCGAUGUUUUCAGGCAUGGUUACGGACAGAAGCAACUGUGAUCGUAUUAAAAGCUGAGUAGAUAAAAAAAAAGUUAGAUCACCAAUGCCUACAACUGCAUGAGGACACAUAAUUCUAUCCACAUUGAAUGCUCAUUAGAGUAAAAUUAGCGUUACAUCACCGGUCUUUGUGUUUAUGGUAAAAACUCAGUCUCCUUGUUGAGUUCAGGUGCUGACACAGAAGACUGCUGCAGCACUAAAUCUGGUUUUAAGGCAAUGCAACAGCAUCUUUGUCAGAAAAAAAUAUGCAAGCACACGUUUUUAGAAGGUUACUUUGUAACAAACCCGGUGAUUCUAUCGUUUACUUCACACUUGUUAAGAUUAAAGAUAAAAUGACUGUCGCAAUAAUGACUGUAAAGACAAAGUGUAGAAUUCUUUCUUACUGUGUUGUCCGAUACUGCACAGUACUGUGGCAUCUGAUAAGCCUUUAAACCUGUGGAUCUAUUAGACCAGCUUUCCUGUAUCAUAUUUCAUCAAUUCACCAGUAUCUGAAGCUACACAGCAUCCCUUCUCCCUACUUUGCAUGUUAAUACAAACAGAUCUUGAAUGACAGCAAUCAGUACCUCCAGACAAAAGGUACUGCCACAUGACUGAGUGCGCUGCAUGUGAACAUUUGGCGCCGAGGUAGCUGAAUGAAACAGUGCAGCUUACCUCUAAAUAAAAAUGAAUCCACUGAAAAUUCAGUAUUUAGGUCACAACUCUUCCAGGAACCCAAGAACCUUUUUAAAAAAUUUUAGCAAAUUUAGGCCUGUUUUUCUCUUCUUGGCAAAGAAAUUCUCACUUUUUGGGCAUGGUGAUACCUGUACAGUCCUUUUCAAAAUAGGCGACGUUCCUGCUCUACUUUUUCAAAUUAUCAUGUCACCUGUCUCCCUUUAAUUCAGCUUCUAAAUUGUGAGAUUAGAGACUUGUUCAGUGACAUUAUUUGAGUGGAGGUGUUUGGAUCUUUGGCCAUGUUUGUUUUGAAACUAGUCUCUCUUAGUCCAGUUCCUUGCCACUUCUUGCUGGAUUAGCUCCUAUGUGGCGCUAAUGCUUUGCUCUCCCUGACACAUGCUCAUUAUCUGCAUACCUAAAUGUAGGCACACUAUAUAAUCCCUGUAAAUUGUUGGGCCCCCUUCAGUGGGUAAAACACCCCAAGGAAUGUUAUAAACUGUCUAAUCUGUGAUUUACAAGGAGCCCAGAGCCCAGUGAGUUAACUAGCUGCCUGUCAGGCCUGUCGUUUGGACUGUUGAGGACAUAUAAAAAGGAGCCAGGCUGGGGCACAGGCUCAGAGAGGUAGCACAUUUGAAAUACAUGUAAAAAGUAAAUGAAACCCCCAGUUCUAUGAAUUAAUACACCAUACAUUUUUAAGAACCCAACUGUUUAUUUUGUUUAAACAGCUAACUUUGGCCAUGCUCCUUAUUUACUCCCAGCUGGGGACACCACUGCUGCACAGUUGUGUGUGUGUCUGUGCCUGGUAUUACUCAUAUCAUGGAGACCAAAAUCUGUUGACACAGUCACACUGUGGGGACUCUACAUCCUUAUAAGGUCAAAAGGCAAGCCCCCAAAACACAAAUCAUUACAAUUUAAAGUGACAACUAUAGUUAAGGUUAGGGUAAGGUUAUGUUUAAGUCAGUGUGUGUGUGUGUGUGUGUGUGUGUGUGUGUAGUCAUUCACCUUUUUUUCAUGUCCAAUUUUCAAGAGUCUUACCACUCCUAGACUCACAUUUGGAUGUAGGGCAGGUUCUUGCCACGUGAUGUGUAAUAGAUUAUAAAGAAAACAGGGAGGACAACCCUCAUGCAGGAUACAAGAGCACUAAUGCUAUGAUAAAAGAUUUUGGAUGCAAUGCUUUCCUGAGGACAAUAGACCACAGAAAUGUCAAACCUGUUUCUUGUUUAGUUUUUAAAUGCUUUUCUUUAUUUAGACCAUCAUAACUUCUCAUCCGGCAGGAAUCAGUGGUGAAACAUAAAUAGGUUAUGAGGUCAGUUUGAGAGUCGAACCCACAAGACAGUCACACUGUAAUUUAUUAUUAGUGUAAACCCUUUAAUUUACACAAUUUAAUUCUUCCAUUACCCGUAUCAGUUAGAGUGCUGCUUCCCAUGCCACACCACAGCUUGGUCUUGUCAUAGGACUCAUAAAAGGUUUUGGUGUGUUUUUUCAACAAACAAAAGGUAUUCAAGUUACAAAGCACAAUUCAGGGUUAUUAUUUUUUUUUCCUUCUGUAAUUUUCAGAUCCAGACAAACAAAGAAUAGACGCAGUGUAAAAUAAAGCUGUGAGGUUCAAACUGAUAUGGGAUGAGAUCAGAUUUUGGAGCAAUAAAGGAUGGAGUGAACAAGUAGAACAAUGGAAGUAGGAGUGUUCAAAGCUCCUACCAUAGGUUUAAAGGCUGAGGCAGGCAACGUGCUGUCAGGCAGGUAAACUGAGAGAAACCACGAGUCUGCAAGGCCCUCCCUUAGGUGUGUCCACAGUGUAAUUAAGUGCAAGAUGUGCUCCCUCACACGUAGUGCAUCUUUAACAUCUCUGACCUAUAUUUACCCACAUUUCCAACUAAUUGUGAUGCUUACAAAUAUCCUCCGUGAGUCAUGAGGCAGAAAGGGAAUGGAAAUAAGACUGAAAUCAGUUUAAAGAAGGAUCAGUGGAGCAAGGUGGUGAGGAGACUAAUUGAGCUGAAGGGGGAGUAGGAAAGAGGAUAAAACUAAGAUUGAGGCGAAAGCAUCAAGUGAAGGAAUAGAGCUGAGGGGGAGACAAAGAAAAGGAGUGGUAGAGACACUGAUAUAAGGAUGUCAGGUUAUACUAUUUCUAUUUCCCACCCUCUCAUAACUGUUGUGAAAUCCACUGCAGAAGGAAACAAUUUAACAGAAGAUUUGUAUAAAUGUAAACUAUCUUCAAACAUGAUCAAACACUUUUAUAGCAAAUAGUCGGUUGGGGUUUGGCUGCACCCACUCACCCUUGACAUGAGUAUAGUCCUGCAUACGGUCAUUACCACAGCAUUGCCAUUCACCAGGCAUAUCUGAGAGCGUGCCUGUGUGUAUUUAUGUGUGUAUUUACAUGUACUUGCCAACUGUAGAGUUUACUGAUUGGUUGGACAUUUAAAAAAAAAAUCCCCUUUUCAUUCUCUCACCCUCCUUAAUCCCCCACCCCCAUCUCUUUGUGUGGGCCUUACAUGUAUAUUCAAGUCUUACUCCUACCUUUAGUGUGUAAUGCAAAUUUAUGCACUUCAAAGCUCACUAAAAUGGGUUUUUUUUCCAUGUCUUUUCUUUUUUUAAGCCACACAGUGAUUUCUUGGAAGCUGGAGGCAGCCAGCAACAACUAACAGACAGACAGGAGUGCAAUCAGUCUUCUCAUCUAACUCUCCACCAGGAACCCUUAGAAUCGCUGUUCAGAUUCAGAAUGACAAAUCAUAGAAAGGAAUUUUGAGUCUCUGAUCAAGUAUGUCUAAAUCCAAAUGAACUAAUGCGGUAACACCUUUCAGCAGUUUCAUAAGGUCAUUUGAAGGCACUGUAGUUUAAAACACCUUUGCAAGAUCUGCAAGUGAGGAAGUGAGCUGGGGGAAUUACAGCAGAGUAGGCAGAAAGGAAGUGUAGUGUUCUUGUAUUCAACACGUCCAGCCUUGUUAGAGAAUCCACAAGGGCUCAGUGUUUGGCAGAACUAUCCAACUCCUGAUCAGCCACAAAUGAGUCUAAAUACAGGUGAGGAAGCUGGUUUAGUAAAACAUGGAAUUUUAGGAUUAAGAUAAAGAAUAACUGUGGUGUUCUCUUUUAUGCACCACAAAUAAAAAUCAGUGAUGUGGGAAAUUACAAGUUUUUGUUAAAGGUAGAUAAAACAACACUCACCUAGUGAAACUUGACUCUUAAAACCCCAAAGCACAAAAGGGAGUUCUGACUGCAUCUCUGUUCAUGUGUGUACAUGCAAACUAUUGUUUGACUUUUUAUCUGUCUUACUCAGUGUGUGUGUUAUGUUACAAAGACCUUCAAAGAUUAUUUAUCAGAAUCCUAUAAUGUAAAAACUGGCAUCUGUCCUUUAAUAUUGCCUAAUAUUAACUGUCCAUUCAAUCCAAAUGGGACUAUUUUUAUAAUCAACCUGAA